AUGUAUAAAUCGUCUAAUAAAAGUUCAUUUAAUACUUCUUACUAGGAAAAUUAUAAGCAAAUAUAACCAAAUCACUCGUAAAACUGCAGCUAAAAAGAAUAGAAGUCAGCUUAGUAGGAUCAAACCCAGUUGCUUGUUUGGGGAUAUGAUUCACAUGGAUAAUUGGGUCUUGGCUAAAAACAACAGGGAGGGAAUUGCUACUUUUCGCCAAAGUUUUGCUGCUUUAACAUUUCAAUUUAGUAGAUUUCUUGCGGUUUAGAGCACUCAGCUUUUCUUGCUCAUAAUGGAAAUGUUUAUAUGAUAGGUAGUAAUAAACAAGGUUAACUAGGUAUAGGAUCAAAGGAGACAUUAUCUAGGUCUGUGCCUGUUUUGCUGGAAUCGCUAGGAAAACAUACUAUUGUUAAAGUAUCUUGUGGUGGAGGUCAUAGCGGAGCUAUAAGCAGCAGGGGAUUUGUAUUUUUGUGGGGAGAAGGAAUCGAAGGCUAAUUAGGCACUGGAAAGCAAGAAAACAUUUAUUCCCCGACUCAAUUGGAAGUAUUUAGCUGUAGAAACAUAAGCUGUGGCAAAAAAAAUACCAUAUUAUUAUCAGGAUAAAAGGCAUAUGGAUUUGGAGACUGUAGACAAGGCUAGCUUGGUACUGGAAGGAGAGUAAUUGAGUAUUGUCCUGCUGAAAUACCUCUUCCAUCAUUUGAAGGACAUCUAAAAUCAGUCAGCUGUGGUGAUAAUCACACGCUUUUUCUAACAGACCAAGGAGAAGUAUUUGCUUGUGGUAACAAUUCUUUUGGCUAACUAGGAACUGGCUAAGAGGUUAAAUCGAGUCUUUAUCUAACUAAAAUUCGCAUAAAAUAAUAACACCAAAUAUCUUCUAAUCUUUAUAACUCAAGAAUUAUUUCUGUUAAGGCUGGAUAUGCUCCUUCUUCAAUAGCUCUUACAGAUGACGGGAGAUUGUAUGUUUGGGGCACAGCUUUCUUUGGGUAUUUUGAUGAGCCAUAAUUAAUUUAGACUGAUGGCAUUUUUUGGAAAGGAUUCAGUUAAGGGAAUAAUUUUAUUUGUCUGACAGAUGAUUAAGGAAAAGCUUAUUCUUGGGGAUAAAAUAUCAAUGGAGAAUUAGGUUUAGGAUUGCAUCCAAGCCAUCAAUAAUAAGCUUAUCCUUAGGAAAUUCAAAUAAAUAUGGAAGAUAAAUAUGUUAAGAAAAUAGAAUGUGGAUAACACUUUUCAUUUGCAGUAUUGUCGAAUCGAUAGAAUAUUGUUAAUAAUACAUUUAAUAACGAGUAAGAAGAUAUUUGCAGUCAAUUUAAUUCACAUAAAAAUUCAUUCAUUUCAAGUUAGCAUAGAACUUCAAUUAACAAAAAACAUUAAAUGCUCGCUGAACAAAUCAACUAAUUUUCUUAGUAAAUUUAAAAAUUCUAAAGCGACUAUCCCUCUGUUCUAAACAAGAAUUAAAUAUAAGAAAAUAAUCAAGAAAAUGAAUUUAAUUUUAAUAAUAAUUAUUAUUAAUAAACUGAUUAGAUUCAAUAAAAAAGGUAAAGUACCAACAGUAGCUUUAGCUAGAAUAUUUUACAAAUAGAUUCGUUCGAAGAAUAAAAUAAAGUUUUCGAUAAUUAGCAAAUUAAAAAAAACAACAGAAGCAUAAGUGCUUGCUUAAAUAAUGGCUAAAAUAGAUAACAAUAAGAAAUUUAACAAAAAAAGAAUUUAAGAUUAAAUACCCAAGGUAAUAAUGCUUUAAUUGAAAGGUGUGAAACAGAAUAAGUUAAGCAGAUGUCGAAUAAAAACUAAGGAAUGAUCAAAUUAGAUCAAAUUUUACCAAAUUAUUUUACUAAUCACAGAGUUCUUACUGAAUCAGCAGACUUUUCUGUCAAAAAUAUCAAUAGAUUCUAAAGUAAUCAAUAAGUUAAUGUUGUAAGUUAAAGCAUCCCUGGCAAUUUCAAGCAAGAAGCUAUGCAAAGUAACCUAAUUAACAUGAAGCAUAAUGAAUCUAUUCAGUUAAGUUAACCUUAUAAAAAUUAAAGUAUCGAUCAUCAUAUAUAAUAUAAUAAUUAAGAUUAAAAUAUUUUAAAUUUAAGUGAAAUUGCAUUUAAUUAAUCAGAAGUAUUGAAAGAAAACAAUUCUAAUUUAUAAAAUAAUUGUUAACUAUAAAAUGAAUAAUUGACAUGCUUAAAAGAUGUCUUUGACAAAACUUCUCAAAGCUUUUAUUAACAACAAAAUCAAAUCAACAGCCAAAUUCAAUAUUCUUAAAACAAAAUUGAUCAUCUACAAUAAUAAAACAACUCAUUUGUGGGAAAAAUCUAAGACAUUCAAUUAAAAUAUGAUUUGAUCUAAAAGCAGUUAGAACAAUCCUAAUAAGAAAACAAAUCGCUUAAAAAAUAGCUCUCAGAAGAAAAAAAUAAAAAUGUAAACUUAUAAAUUAGAGUUGAUCACCUCACGAAAAAAAGCAAAUCAUUGCAAAAGAAAAAUGAACUACUACUCCUUGAAAUAGAUAUGAACAAAAAAACCUACGAGAUGAAGUGUGAAGCUUUGCUCAAAUAAAUUUAUAAUUAUCAAAGUUUAGAAACAAUUUAAGAUAAAG